AUUAUACGAAAGUGAAUUGGGAAACGGGAGGCGAGGGAGAGAGAGAUGCCCAGAACUACACGCAGAUCUGUAAAACAAAGGCUCCAAUAUAUACAAGUUAUCCAAGAAUUGCAGGAGGAGAUCAAGUUGUUACAGAUUUCCAACGAGAAACUGAAUGGGGAGGGUCUAGACGGUCUGAGCUACACCGAGCUGGCUUCACUUGAAACUAUGUUAAAGGAGGGCUUCCGCAUUGUGGAAGAACAAACAGAUAAGGCACAGCAGGAACUAUUACUCAGGGAGAUUGUUGAUUGCGAUGUUAUGGGGAAGGAAUGGCUUGACGAAAAUGAGAAUGAGGAUUUGGCCUACCAAUCGCUUCUGGCAAGGAGAAGAGCAGCUAUGAGGAACAAGGCUCGAGAACUCCGCCUCAGCCCUCAAGACAGCCAAAAGGAGCAUAGCUAUAACCAUGAAACACUGAUGUUAACCAUCGAAUGUUUGAAGAUCGAGAAGGAGAGAUUACGGGUUCUGAACCAGAGAAUGAUUGGUAAAGAGCUUGACGGUAUGGGUUAUUCGGAACUGUUGGUGUUUAGCUGUGCGAUACAGGGUGGUAUGUUGAAAGCCGAAGAAGAAAAGAAGAAGAUAAAACGUGCAAGGCAGGUUCAUGGGGGCAUUUAGUAAGAGAGUCUUGUGACUAUGUAUUUAGAUAAUUAUAAGUUGGUUCUGGCUUUAUGUGUUACUAAUAAUCUAUGUCUCUCUAGUGAUUAUGAUUAAACUUAAAAGACUUAUGGUUUGCGAGA